AUGGCAUCAGAUUACCAAUAUACCUACUUCCGGGUCUCCAAAACAAAGCACCUCCAUACAUCAGCCCGGCAAUACAAGGAACUCCGUCUCCGGGCCUUGAAACUCUCACCUUCCUCAUUUGGCUCCACAUACGAAAUCGAAUCUACAUUUCCCGACGAAUAUUGGAUAUCACGCGUAACAGCAGAUGGAAGAGAAACAUUUAUCUGCGCCGCAACCGCAUCUUCGGAAUCCAAUGCUUCAGACCCAAGCAGUCUUGAAUGGGUCGCCCAAGUAACAUUACUGGGCCCGCGGAGCAGGGAGCAAUUCACGCUCCCUACAGUAUCAAGACAGCCAGUUCCCGGUACAGACGAGCAGGAGGAGCGAUGGCAGAUGCUGGGAUUGUAUACGCUUACUUCGCAUCGAGGCAAAGGUAUCGCAACAAAACUUUGUCAAGAAGCUCUGGAUUAUAUCCGCUCGUAUCGAUCUGAGCCGAAGAAUGUCCGGUUCCGCCUCAUGGUGAAGCCGGGAGCACAAGCUCCCUUAGGUUUUUAUGAGCAGCUUGGGUUUACGGAGGUCGCGAAUAGCACCCUUGCAGAGGCCAUGAUUGCGAAUGGAGACGGGAGUUUCUUACCAGAAGACUACCCGGAGCAAGAGAAGUACAUGGUUCGGAAUAGUCAUGUUAUGAUGCAGCUGUUUACCAGAGAUGAUAAAUGA